CAUAUUAAGAGGUGCUGGUAAUACAUACUGCUGAGUACUGGCUCACUUCAUGCACUGGAUAUUCUGCACUGUAAUCUGCUAUAUCAUAUACAAACGAACGAUGAACCAGGCGUCCAGUAGCCAACAGUCGGGGUUGCCCCACAGAGUGGCUGACAGCAGGAUGAGUGUGGUCAAUGCCACGCCACAAAGCAAAGACUCUGCUUUCGGAAAGCUGAACAUCCCGAAACCACAGUCUGGGACAUCUGACAGGAGAACCAGUUUUUUCGGGAAAAGAGCUAGUGGGGCAGGCAUGUCCCGUAACAGCACUUUUGGAGCUUUUGGGGGUGUGGAAAAGAUGAAGGAUCCUCGACCUCUCCAUGACAAGUCCUACAUCCAGCAGUGUAUCAAAGACCUCUAUGAGUUCCUGUCCGAGAGGGGAUUCCCCGGAACAAUAACAGUCAAGUCCCUCCAGUCCCCCUCCACCAAAGAGUUCUUGAAGAUCUUUGAGUUCAUCUGUAGCCUAAUUGAUCCCACUUUUCAGAUGCCAACGUCCAAAAUCGAGGAGGGACGAAAGAUGAAUCGGGCAUCCAGUAGCCGGCAGUCGGGGUUGCCUCUCAGGGUGGCUGACGGCAGGAUGAGCAUGAUCAACGCCACGCCGCAAAGCAAAGACUCUGCUUUCGGAAAGCUGAACAUCCCGAAACCACAGUCUGGGACGUCUGACAGGAGAACCAGUUUUUUCGGGAAAAGUCGCCCUCUGACGCAGCUGCACUUUUUCCUCCAGCUGUUUCUCGAGUACUCAGCAGAGACCUACCACUAUUUCAUGCAUGGAGCAGACACAUUUGAGGAAGCCGACCAGGCAUACAUCGCCAAGCUGAAGAAACUUUACAAAGUUGACGAGGCCCAACUGGAGACAUUGGCUGAAAAGUACAGAAUCAUUAGUGAAGAGGUAGAGAGACUGGAGAAAGAAAGUCAGACGGACCGACUGAUGGUUAAGCGAACGGAGAAACUGAGACUGCAGACGGACCUGCAGAAGCUUCAAAACUAUAACAGCGAGAUGGAGUCCUUCAAAGUGGCCCUCGGGAACAAGGCGGCUGGGAUAUCUGAGGAGCUAGAAGCUACAGAGCUGCAGGUGGAAAGCUUGAAACAGGAGCAGGCCAGGCUGCAGCACAUAUUGGUGAACCAGAAGUUUUCCCCGGCUGACGUCGAAAGGAUCAACAGAGAGAGAAACGAGCUCCAGCAGACCAUUACCAGCCUGAGCGCAAACUUGGAGGAGGCUGAGCAGCACAUGUGGAAUGAGGAGAUCGCCUUCGCAAAGGUCAAGGAAGAGGCUGAAGCUGAACUGGUAGAGUACCACAGCUUCGCUCGCAAGCUGAAGCUGAUUCCUGCAUCUGCAGAGAAUGCCUGCGGGAGAGAUUUUGAGAUCAAAGUCACUGCAGCUGACUGCGGCCUUUCAGCUGUGGCCCAAUACAAAGUGCAAAUUCAAAAUCCUCUUAAGAAAAUGAUUUCUGAGGUUGAGGAGGAGACUGGAUUGCUCAAAAAUAAAAAAUUAAGCCUCCAGGAAGCAGUGGAACAGAUUAGGUCCAAUGUGGAAGACAAAACCAAUGAAAUUAAAGACCUGAAGGAACAAAUUCGCAAACUGGAUGAGCAGCUCGAGCUGGAAAUGCAGGAAACGGCCCGUGAGGAGGAGAAAUGGGCCUCGGAGGUGGAAUCAAUGGACAACCACAAGAAGGUGCUGGAGAGAAAGCUGAACGAUGGCUAUGACCAGGCUCUGGAGCAGCUUAAAGCAGCCCAGCAACAGUAUCACCUGGUGGUGCAAGAAACCAAUGAGCAGCGCCGUACUGUGGUGAACAAUCUCUACAGCAUGUUCACCAUGGCCGCAGACCACCUGUCACGUGUGGAGUUAUAG